AAACGUUUCAAAAGUCGUGGACGUGGAGCUCCGGAGGUGAUCAGUAUCAUAGGUGGGCUGCUUUUCAUGAUCGUGUUGUCACUUGACUAGUCACUUGUGUAAGUAGUUAGUUGUGGAAUACUACUACAGAUUGUGUGACUCACGCAUUUCCUUCCGAAGUUACUUGUAAGAUAAAAAAAAUAUCAGUCCGUAAAUGAAGCAGUAAUCCCUACAAUGUAGAUCAAGAGAAGCGAAGUUUUUAUUUGCCUUUGUCACACCUGUUCGUCUCAGAAGCGAAGGAAGUUUCCUGCGUUGGCAUCGUGAAAAUGGCAGAUUUAGUGCGGGUGCAAGCUGAGAUCAGCGUGGAUGGUAUGACAUGCAAUUCGUGUGUGAAGUCCAUAGAGCAAAUGGUUGGCGAUAGUGCUGGAGUCCAGAGCAUCUCCGUUAGUCUGCAGGCCAAGAAAGCCACGGUUUGUUUUGAUCCGGCUGCUGUCAGCGCCAGCACCAUCGCAGAACGUAUCGAGGAUAUGGGCUUUGAUGCCAGUGUACUGAGCUCCACACAGACAAAUGCUAGUAGUAGUAGCCUGGAAACUGUACACAAGGAUCACGAGUGUGUUCUGAGCGUUACAGGAAUGACGUGCCAGUCAUGUGUGAAAGCUAUUGAAGACCGGGUUGGAGGGCUGUCCGGUGUCAACUCGGUCGUCGUGUCGCUGGCCGAGGGAAGUGCCACCAUCCGUCACACGCCCAGUAUCGGCGCGGAAGAACUCAAAACCGUCGUGUACGAUUUGGGAUUCGACGUGGAAAUCCGGAGCGACUCGUCCGCCGCCAAUGCGCUGCAGCCACAGGCGUCGGCACUUCCUGUGUCCGGCGACAGUGGACUGCACAUUGCCGUAUUCUCGGUGGACGGAAUGACGUGCCACUCUUGCGUGCGCAGCAUCACGGACGUUCUCAACGAGCAGAGCGGCGUCAUAUCGGCCACUGUCAGCCUGGAGCGCAACCAGGCCGUUGUCAAGUUCCUGAUCGAGGCGGUCGACGCCGACACUCUCUGCGCUGCUAUCGAAGGCCGUGGAUUCGACGCAAUCACCGUAUCAUGCACGCCAGCAGUGGCAGCAUCGCAUAGCACCGACACCACAGAUGUUGACGAGGCUGCGCCCGUCGUCGUCGCUACGAGCAAGCACGCCGCCGCUGCCGCUGGCUUGGCCGAGAUCCAAACUAACAGCGUGGUGGACAGGGACAGUCCGGAAGCAAUGUCGUUUGUUCAGUCACAGCGACGCACUACUGGCGUCCUGGUCACAUCCAAUGGCAGGAAGAAAAGAAAGCCGAAAGGGCAGCACGAUCGACGUGUUCAUUUCAACGGUGACGAUCGUGUGAUCUUGUUGGAGGAUAUGGGCCAGUGUGAAACUGUGACACGGCAUGUGACUCUGCAUGUAACGGGUAUGACGUGUUCGUCGUGUGUAACCAAAGUAGAGAGAGUACUCAACGAGCAUCCAGGUAUUUCAAGUGUGCGCGUUGCUCUGUUGACAUGUCAGGCUGAUGUUGCCUAUCAUCCUGGUCAGAUCACUGCCGAUGAGAUUGCAGACAAGAUAGCCGCAGUUGGUUUUGCCGCCAGAGUACUGGAGCAGCGCGCCUCGACAGCCAGCAUACUGAACCUUGUGGUUGGCGGCAUGACUUGUUCAUCUUGUGUGAACGUCAUUGAAGGCCGAGUCGCUAAGCUAUCCGGAGUGAAGUCCAUCACAGUCGGUCUAUCCACCUCCAGUGCCCGAGUGGAGUAUGAUGCUAGCAUUAUCGGCCCGCGAGACAUCAUUGCCUGCAUCACGGAGGCUGGCUUCACUGCGGAGUUGGCAUGCGAGAGUGAUCGUGUGUCGACGCUCAGUCACAAACAGGACAUUGCAAAAUGGCGCAAAGCGUUCCUGCUCUCAUUGUUAACGGCAGUGCCGACGCUCAUCAUCUCCUUAGCUCUGCAUCGACCGUGCCAGGCUACGUUUGUCAUCGAUGGCCUCUCCGUGCACAACCUGCUCUUGCUGAUACUCUGCAGUAUAGCACAGUUUGGUGGCGGUCGUCAUUUUUACUCGUCGGCGUACGCCUCACUGAAGCACCACUCCGCUAACAUGGACGUGCUGAUUGUACUGUCGACCACGCUAGCGUAUGUCUACUCGGUGGUGGUGGUGAUAUUUGCCUUGAUGCGCAACGGUCCCAAAACACCGCACACCUUCUUCGAGACUGGUCCCAUGCUGCUGACGUUCAUCUCAUUGGGACGCUGGCUGGAACAUAAAGCCAAGAGCAAGACAUCGGAUGCACUGGUGAAGCUGAUGCAGCUGCAGGCACCCAGCGCCACCGUACUGGAAUUUGGCGCGGACGGCUCUGUAACUGGUGAAGAAUGUGUAGAGACUGCUCUUCUUCAGCGUGGUGAUGUUGUGAAGGUGUUGCCCGGUGAGAAGGUACCGGUGGACGGUGUCGUCGUCACCGGCUCUACAUCGGUCGACGAGAGUAUGCUGACGGGUGAAUCACGUCCAGUCACCAAGACGGUAUCUGAUAAAGUGUUUGGCGGCUCUGUUAACCAGCAUGGGUCCAUCACCGUCCGAGCAUCUCAUGUUGGUGCCGACUCCGCCAUUGCACAGAUCGUCAAGCUGGUCGAAGACGCGCAGACCUCCAAGGCCCCUAUUCAACGCUUUGCUGACAAGCUGGCUUCUGUGUUUGUACCAGCCAUUAUCUCGCUCUCUGUGCUGACGUUUGUCAUCUGGAUGACGAUAGGGCUGCUUCACCCAUCCGCCUUGGAACAGUCGUUCAACAACUGUACACUGAGCAGCGCGGAGGACCACUCUGAGGAGUUCCUCAGCUUCCAGGUGGCGUCGAUGGCUGCCAUUGCUGUGCUCUGUGUCUCGUGUCCGUGUGCACUGGGUCUGGCCACACCGACGGCUGUCAUGGUUGGUACCGGUGUGGGCGCGCAGAACGGAAUACUCAUCAAGGGCGGUGAGCCGCUGGAGACUGCACACAAGGUGGACACGGUUGUGUUUGACAAGACGGGCACGCUGACGGCAAGCCAGCAGACAGUCCAGAAAGUCAUUUACCUUUCUGAUGACACAGCACUCUUGCCACAGUCCACGAUCCUUGCUGCUGUGGCUACUGCUGAAUCGGAUAGUGAACACUCCAUUGGCAGAGCUAUUGCCGUGUAUGGCAAGAAGCAACUUGGCGUGGAUACUGUUGGCAAGGUGUCCGGUUUCACGGCGACACCCGGUCUUGGCAUAGCCUGUACAGUGGAGGGACUGGACACAAUGUUGUCUCGCUCAGCAUCACCAUCAUCAUCACCGCCACCAGACGCUGGAAAACAGUAUAACGUACUGGUCGGUAACCGUCGCUGGAUGGAGCAACACAACGUCGCCAUCAGCCAAGCCGUCGACUCACGACUAGCCACGCACGAACAGCAGCAAUCCACCGUUGUUCUCGUUGCCGUUGACAACAGACCGGCGGCGGCUGUGAUCCUAGCGGCACAGCUCAAGAAAGAAGCUCAGCAGGUGGUGGCUGCAUUGAAGUCGAUGAAGCUCAACGUUGUCAUGUUGACUGGAGAUAAUUCUCGCACGGCCAAUGCCCUAGCCAAACAGUUGGGUAUCACGGAUGUCCAUUCCGAAGUACUUCCCGGUGACAAGGUGAGCGUAGUGAAUCAACUACAGCGCAGUGGACACGUCGUGGCCAUGGUCGGAGACGGGGUCAACGACUCACCAGCCCUGGCGCAGGCCGACGUCGGUGUUGCCGUGGGAACGGGCACGGACGUAGCUGUGGAAGCCGCCGACAUUGUCCUUAUCAGAGAUGACCUCAGUGAUGUGAUAUACGCCAUAGACCUCAGCAGUCAUACCGUGCGGCGUAUUCGCUACAAUUUCUUCUGGGCCCUGAUCUACAACAUGCUGGCUAUACCGAUAGCCGCUGGUAUCCUUGCGCCGGUCGGUAUUCUUCUCCAGCCCUGGAUGGCCAGCGCCGGCAUGGCUAUGUCCUCACUCUCUGUCGUCUCCUCUUCUCUCCUCCUCAAACGAUAUCGCAAGCCCAAGCUAGAAGAUGUAGGUGUACAAUCUCACUUUGUCUUCGCCGACUGGCCAUCAUCAGUGUGCAUGAUGCGCUCCUCUCACCAGUAUCAAGCAGUAAGAAUGGACGAAGAAGUAUAGUCUACUGGCGUAUGCUGUUAUCACCCCCCAACCCCCCCCCCCCCCCCCCCUCCCCCGCACCGUGUUUGGCGCUACUUGAUGUGCGAGAUGAUCUGUCCGACUUGAGUGCUCAAUUUUUUGUUAUGUUGUCCGAGCCUCUAUUUAUAAUUCUAUUUUUAAGAACUUCCCGUGAAGUUGUAUUGAAUUUUUUUAGAGAUGGUCGAGCUGGUGGCUUUUGCUGCGCAGCUGAACAUGUCACCUUGGUUUGCUGGUCAAAUCUUAUACCCUAUAUUGUACGUACCGAUGCUGUUGUGUACCGCCGUCGCUGGGUAGGUAUGUUGCCAUGGUUACAUCCAGUUGUCUUUCACAUUGUACCUCUCUUAUCUUCUCAUUAUCUGUGUGUGUGUUUUACCAAGCUUUCGUUUAUUCUUGGUUCAUGCUGGCAUGGGUCACACACAGUCACUUGCACACACCACACGGCGUCUGUGCUGCUGGGCAUAGCUAGCGCUUGCUGUGUCCACCCGCUUCCCCCGGAUUUACUUCCCUCCAUCGCGCUCUGCUGCGUACCGGAGCGCAUGCGGUACGAGCUAUGAUGCCAGUGGCUACACUCUUCCACAUAGCGUUGCACGCACAGUCUUCCCUUUUUCACCUCCAUCAAACUGAUAAGAUCAUAAAUUUAGUGCUGUUGUUGGUAAAUGUUGUUAAAAAAAUCAAAUACAUCUCUGAGUUUCAUAUUUAUCACGCUCUUAGCGCUUAUCGGGUGGCUCUAUUCGUGUCAGGAGUACACACACGCUAACCGCUCCACCAUAGACAUAGUAUUUUUCGUACUUCUAUUUUUUUGCAAUUCAUGUACAGCAUUGGGCAAUUCAUGUACAUGUAUAAUUAUAUUCUAGUUUUUUUAUCUGCUGAAUAGUAGUUAUCUAGCAUAGGCAACACACGGUUAUUUGCCUCAAACUGCUUGAAACCAUCUGGGCACACUGCUCGAGCAACUCAA